AUGGACGCAGCGUUUGGAAGCAGGAGCGUGGAUUUGUCAAAGCACAAGUCUGAGGCAGAGUCAGAUGAAGAGACGUUGCCUCUGAACCAGUUCUACCCGUACAUCCGCUGUGGACUCUGCUGUGGGUUCCUCAUCGACGCCACGACCAUCAUCGAGUGUCUCCACACCUUUUGUAAGAGCUGCAUCGUGAAGCACUUCUUCUACAGUAACAGAUGUCCCACCUGCACCAUCGUGGUUCAUCAGACUCAGCCUCACUACAACAUCCGGCCGGACAGGCAGCUGCAGGACAUGGUUUACAAAAUGGUCCCGUUCCUAGAGGAGAUGGAGAGAGAUCUGAUGGUUCAGUUUUACAAAGAGAGAGGACUGGACGUUCCAAAGCCAGUUCCCGCACUCUUGUCUCCUCUUGGUCCAGUGAAGAAGAAAAAAGAGGCUCCUCCCCCUCGGGCCAUCUUCACCAUGCCUCCAGAGCUCGAUGUAUCGCUGCUGCUCGAAUUUGUGGGAGCUGAAGAGGGAGUGCAGAACUAUAAGCCUCUGGAGCGUCGUUUCGUCCGAGUUUCCGGAGAAGCAACGAUUCGACACGUGGAGCUUUUCAUCCGGAAGAAGAUGGAGCUGAGCGCGGGUUGCCAGGUGGACGUGGUCUGUGGGCAUCACCUUCUGGAUCAUUAUCAGUCUCUGAAUGAGAUCCAGAGGUCGAUGGGAGAAGACGCUCUGCAGGACGGUCUGCUGGUGCUGCACUUCGGUCUCGUUCUCCCCACGGACUGA